GGGUCCGACAGGCAGAUGUGUAUCGGAUCCGGAAUCAGGAUGAUGUUCAUCAGGAUCCUGUUGACGUCUUUGAUGAUUGGAUGGGCUCAGACCUUAAGUUGGCCAAAAAAGAGGAUGGUGCCAUACAUACUGGAUAGGAUGGAAAGCUCUGACGAUGGUACUGAAAUUCCCAUUGAUGACUAUAAAGAGAGGAACAUUUACGCCCGCCCCUGUGCCGGCAGGAGCAAUGGCAACUCUACUUGGUGUCACCUGGACCUUAAGAAGAAGCUCAAGGUUGAGUCGGUGAUCAUGGAGAACAGGGGGGACUGCUGCUGGGAGUGUCUGAUUGGAACCCAGGUUCAUGUCGGAGAUUCGGCAGAUAUUAACAACCCAUUAUGCGGCAACAUCACUGACAUCUCACAAACCUCUGUCACUCUGCCCUGUGAGGGGAUGAAGGGUCGGUAUGUGAGUGUGAGUGUUCCUCAGCGGUCUGAAUAUCAGCAACUCUGCGAAAUAAACGUAUCUGGGGAAGAAAUAAGAGAUCAAGAUGAGAUGAAUCUGGCCAGAAAAGGAAAAGUCAGACAGAGCUCCGCCUACACUCCUUUGUCACUUGCUAAAGAAGCUGUUGAUGGCAAUAAAGAGACAAAUCACCAUACAAAGCCAUGUUCCCACACCGAUAUGGACAACCCAGCGUGGUGGCAACUGGACCUGAAGAAGGGUCACAAGGUUGAGAAUGUGGUCGUAGUGAACAGGAGGGACUGCUGCCCGGAGCGCCUGUUGGGAGCUGAGAUUCGCAUUGGGAAUUCUCCAGAUAAUAACAACCCAGUAUGCGGCACCAUCACUAAUGUCUCCCAAACCACCAUCAAUCUGUUCUGUGAGGGGAUGGAGGGUCGCUAUGUGAGUGUGGUUAUUCCUGGGAGAGCCGAGUAUCUCACACUCUGUGAAGUGGAGGUUUAUGGACAAGAACUGGAUCAAGAGGAAGCCAUGAAUCUGGCAAGAUCAGGAGAAGCCCAGCAGAGCUCUAUCUCCAUGCAUGGACCCAUGCAGACAGCUGACAGAGCCAUUGAUGGCAUCGAUGAGACUGAUAACAGUAGAAGCCCAUGUAGCCACACCAAUAACAACUAUCAGCCUUGGUGGCGGCUGGACCUGAAGAGAAGGUACAAGGUCGAGACUGUGGUCAUAGUGAACAGUAUGGAUCGAUUCAGUGAGCGCCUGUUGGGAGCCGAGAUUCGUGUUGGAGAUUCAGCAAAUAAUAACAACCCAGUAUGCGCCUCAGUCACAGACACCAACCAAGCCAUCACCAUUUACUCCUGCAAAGGGAUGGAGGGUCGCUAUGUGAGUGUGGUUAUUCCUGGGAGGUCAGAAUAUCUGUCACUCUGUGAAGUGGAAGUUUAUGUUAAGGAAUCUACAAAUCAACAAGUUUCAGAGAUGAAUCUGGCAAGAAAGGGGGAGGCCAAGCAAAGCUCCUUAUACAUCAAUGGACCUCAGUUCACUCCUGAAAGGGCUAUUGAUGGCAGCAAAGAGACAAAUGUCUCUAAAUACCCAUGUGCCCACACCAAUAAUGACACUGCACCUUGGUGGCAGCUACAGCUGGAGAAGAGAUACAAGAUCGAGACAGUGGUCAUAGUGAACAGGAUGGAUGAGCACCGUGAGCGCUUAUUAGGAGCCGAGAUUCUUGUUGGAGAUUCAGCCGAUAAUGACAACCCUAUAUGUGGAACCAUCACUGAUGUCUCCCAAGCCACCAUCACCCUCUCUUGCAAUGGGAUGGAGGGUCGCUAUGUGAGUGUGGUUAUUCCCGGAAGGGCAGAAUAUCUCACCCUCUGUGAAGUGGAGGUUUAUGGGGAGGAAUCUCCAAACCAGGAAGUUUUAGGAGUAAACCUGGCAAGAUCCGGGGAAGCCAAACAAAGCUCUGACUAUAACCAUGCACUUGUGUUAACGGCUGGAAGAGCUAUCGAUGGUGUUAAACUGACAGAUCUCCACCAAGGUCCAUGUACCCACACCAAUAACGAAUAUCAACCUUGGUGGCAGCUGGACCUGAAGAAACGGUACAAGGUCAAGUCCGUGAUUGUAGUGAAUAGGGGAGAUUGUUGCAGCGAGCGCCUGAAAGGUGCAGAGAUUCGUGUUGGAGAUUCACCAACAAACAACAACCCUGUAUGUGGCACCAUCAACGAUGUCUCUCAAGCAACAAAUAUUUUGUUUUGCAACGGAAUGGAGGGUCGUUAUCUCAGUGUGGUUAUUCCAGGACGCAAGGAACAUCUCACUCUCUGUGAAGUUGAAGUCUAUGGGGAGGAAUCUCCCAAUCAGGAAGUUUCAGAGAUGAAUCUGGCAAGAAAGGGGGAGGCCAAGCAAAGCUCCUUAUACAUCAAUGGACCUCAGUUCACUCCUGAAAGGGCUAUUGAUGGCAGCAAAGAGACAAAUGUCUCUAAAUACCCAUGUGCCCACACCAAUAAUGACACUGCACCUUGGUGGCAGCUACAGCUGGAGAAGAGAUACAAGAUCGAGACAGUGGUCAUAGUGAACAGGAUGGAUGAGCACCGUGAGCGCUUAUUUGGAGCUGAGAUUCUUAUUGGAGAUUCAGCCGAUAAUGACAACCCUAUAUGUGGAACCAUCACUGAUGUCUCCCAAGCCACCAUCACCCUCUCUUGCAAUGGGAUGGAGGGUCGCUAUGUGAGUGUGGUUAUUCCCGGAAGGGCAGAAUAUCUCACCCUCUGUGAAGUGGAGGUUUAUGGGGAGGAAUCUCCAAACCAGGAAGUUUUAGGAGUAAACCUGGCAAGAUCCGGGGAAGCCAAACAAAGCUCUGACUAUAACCAUGCACUUGUGUUAACGGCUGGAAGAGCUAUCGAUGGUGUUAAACUGACAGAUCUCCACCAAGGUCCAUGUACCCACACCAAUAACGAAUAUCAACCUUGGUGGCAGCUGGACCUGAAGAAACGGUACAAGGUCAAGUCCGUGAUUGUAGUGAAUAGGGGAGAUUGUUGCAGCGAGCGCCUGAAAGGUGCAGAGAUUCGUGUUGGAGAUUCACCAACAAACAACAACCCUGUAUGUGGCACCAUCAAUGAUGUCUCUCAAGCAACAAAUAUUUUGUUUUGCAAUGGAAUGGAGGGUCGUUAUCUCAGUGUGGUUAUUCCAGGACGCAAGGGACCUCUCACUCUCUGUGAAGUUGAAGUCUAUGGGGAGGAAUCUCCCAAUCAGGAAGUUGUAGAAAUGAAUCUGGCGAGAUCAGGAGAAGCCCGGCAAAGCUCCACCUACGGCCAUGGAACUCAGUUUUAUGCAGAAAGAGCUAUCGAUGGCAUCAAAGUGACAGAUAUCCACAAAAGCCCCUGUACCCACACCAGUCAGGACAAUCCAGCUUGGUGGCGGCUGGACCUGAAGAAAAGGUACAAAGUUGAGUCUGUGGUCAUAGUGAACAGGAUGGAUGAACACAGUGAGCGUCUGAGAGGAGCCGAAAUUCGUGUUGGAAACGUCCCACAGAACAACAACCCAGUAUGUGGGAUCAUCAACGACAUCUCAGAAGACACCAUCACUCUACACUGUAAUGGGAUGGAGGGUCGCUAUGUGAGUGUGGUUAUUCCCAGGAGGGCAGAAUUUCUCACCCUCUGUGAAGUUGAGGUCUAUGGGGAGGAAUCUCCCAGGCAGGAAGUUGUAGAUAUAAACCUGGCAAGAUCAGGAAAAGCCCAGCAAAGUUCUGUCAACGGAUAUCAGCACGGAGCUGAGAAAGCUAUUGAUGGCAUUAAAGGGACCAAUAUGGGGAAAAACCCAUGUACCCACACCCAGGAGGACUAUCAGCCUUGGUGGCGGCUGGACCUGCAGAAGAGAUACAAGGUGGAGACAGUGGUCAUAGUCAACAGGAUGGACGGUUCCAGUAGCCGUCUAAUGGGAGCUGAGAUCCGUAUUGGAGAUUCAGUAGAUAAUAACAACCCAGUAUGCGGCACCGUUACCGAUGUCUCAGAAGCCACCAUCACUCUUUUCUGUGAGGGGCUGGAGGGCCGCUAUGUGAGUGUAGUGAUUCCCGGACGGGUACAAUAUCUCACCCUCUGUGAAGUGGAGGUUUAUGGGGAGGAAUCGCUUAGCCAGGAAGUUGUAGAGCUGAAUCUGGCGAGAUCAGGAGAAGUGCGGCAAAGCUCCACCUACGGCCAUGGAACUCAGUUUAUUGCAGACAGAGCUAUCGAUGGCAUCAAAGUGACAGAUAUCGACAAAGGCCCCUGUACCCACACCAGUCAGGACAAUCCAGCUUGGUGGCGGCUGGACCUGAAGAAGAGGUACAAUGUCAAGUCUGUGGUCAUAGUGAACAGGAGGGAUGAACACAGUGAGCGCCUGUUGGGAGCCGAGAUUCGUGUUGGAAAAGACCCACAUAACAGCAACCCAGUAUGUGGGAUCAUCAACGACAUCUCAGAAGACACCAUCACUCUACACUGUAAUGGGAUGGAGGGUCGCUAUGUGAGUGUGGUGAUUCCUGGGAGGGCAGAAUUUCUCACCCUCUGUGAAGUCGAGGUCUAUGGGGAGGACUCUCCGAGGCAGGAAGAUAAAAACCUGGCAAGAUCAGGAAAAGCCCAGCAAAGUUCCUUCUACGGACAUACGUACACAGCUGAGACAGUUAUUGAUGGCAUUAAAGGGACGAAUAUCAUGAGAAACCCAUGUUCCCACACCCAGGAGGACUAUCAGCCUUGGUGGCGGCUGGACCUGCAGAAGAGAUACAAGGUGGAGACAGUGGUCAUAGUCAACAGGAGGGACUGUUGCAGUAGCCGUCUACUAGCAGCUGAGAUUCGUAUUGGAGAUUCAGUAGAUAAUAACAACCCCGUAUGUGGCACCGUUACCGAUGUCUCAGAAGCCACCAUCACUCUAUUGUGUAAGGGGCUGGAGGGCCGCUAUGUGAGUGUGGUUAUACCCGGAAGGGCAGAAUAUCUCACCCUCUGUGAAGUGGAGGUUUAUGGGGAGGAAUCUCUGAGCCAGGAAGUUGUAGAGCUGAAUCUGGCGAGAUCAGGAGAAGCCCGGCAAAGCUCCACCUACGGCCAUGGAACUCAGUUUAUUGCAGACAGAGCUAUCGAUGGCAUCAAAGUGACAGAUAUCCACAAAAGCCCCUGUACCCACACCAGUCAGGACAAUCCAGCUUGGUGGCGGCUGGACCUGAAGAAGAGGUACAAAGUCGAGUCUGUGGUCAUAGUGAACAGGAUGGAUGAGCACAGUGAGCGCCUGUUGGGAGCCGAGAUUCGUGUUGGAAUUUUUCCAGUUGACAACAACCCAGUAUGCGGCACCAUCACCGAUGUCUCCCAAGCCGCCAUCACCCUGUCCUGUAAUGGGACGGAGGGUCGCUAUGUGAGUGUGGUGAUUCCUGGGAGAGAAGAAUAUCUCCAGCUCUGUGAAGUGGAGGUUUAUGGGGAGGAAUCUACAGAGGAAGAAGUAAAUAAUUUAGCGAGAUGGGAAGGUGUCAGUGUCAGCCAAAGCUCCGUUUACCCACUUGAUCCUCCACCCAAUGCUCAAACAGCCGUCGAUGGGAAUAAAGAGACAAAUUAUUAUGUACAUCCCUGUGCCCACACCAAUAAGGACUUUGCCCCUUGGUGGCAGCUGGACCUGAAGAAGAGAUACAAGGUGGAGGCAGUGGUCAUAGUCAACAGGAGGGACUGCUGCAGUGAGAGACUGCAGGGAGCUGAGAUCCGCGUUGGAGAUUCCGCAGAUAAUAACAACCCCGUGUGCGGAACCGUUCGUGACACCACCCAAGCCACCAUCACUCUGUUCUGUCAUGGGCUGGAUGGUCGCUAUGUGAGUGUGGUUAUUCCCGGGAGAGAAGAGUUCCUUAAUAUCUGUGAAGUGGAGGUUUAUGGGGAGGAAUCCGUUAGUCAGGAAGCAGUUCUACUGGGGAGCGCGGAGGAAGGUUCUGGUGCCUGAGUGCAGAUUGUGCCCCAUUCCCCCAUUUACCCUCAGGGUCAGGGUCCCAUUCUCCUACAUUAAGUGAUAGCGUUAUACUCUUUUCAUAUAAUGUCACCAUGUAUUUAACCAUAUAGCUGUCUCACCGUCUAACCAUGUUCUUUCUUUCUUUCUUUAUCUCUUUCUUCCUUCCUUCGUUUCUUCCUUUCUUUUCUUUACACUAAUCAAAGCCAAACCCUUCAUAUUAUUGUACCAAGGUCUAAUAAAGACAUAAUAUAAAUGA